AUGAUAGCACUGUUCCUUCUGGGAACCACUCUUCUCAUCGUUUCAGUGAAGAGAGCAGGUGCUAACCUGCACCAGAGCAUUCUCACCACCCUGAUUCAGGCACCGCUGUCAUUUUUCACCAACACAGAUACUGGUAUCGUUACUAACCUGUUCUCACAAGAUCUGAAUCUUAUAGACACAGAGCUACCAGAUGCUUUGUUAAACACUCAGUUUUGUGUCUUCCAAUCCAUUGGACAAGCGGCUGUUAUGCUUACUUCGUCGGCGUAUCUUGCCAUCAGCUAUCCGCUCCUUGGUGGUUUCUUGUUUCUUGUACAAAGAUUCUACAUGCGAACCUCUCGACAACUAAGGCUUUUAGACUUGGAGACUAAAAGUCCGCUGUAUUUUCACCUCAAAACAGGCUUUCUCCCUGAUGAUUUCCAAAAGAAUGCUCAGCUGGUUAAUUCCAGCCAACGUCCCGCAUAUCUCCUCCCGAUGAUUCAAGAGUGGCUAAAUCUAGUGCUUAACAUGAUUGUCAUGGUGAUAGCGGUAGUCAUGACAUCCCUUGCCGUGCGCCUACAUUCUAGUACCGCCUUCGCUGGUGCAUCUUUAUAUUCCCUCAUGAGCUUCGGGGAUACCCUCUCUGGCACAGUCAUCUUCUAUACUAAGCUGGAAACCUCCAUCAGCGCAAUUUCGCGACUCAAGAGCUUUAAUGAGUCCGUCACACCGGAGGACCGAGAAUAUGAGGAUAUAAUUCCGGGUGAGGAGUGGCCUCAACACGGCACAGUCGAGUUGAAAGGUGUAUCCGCGAAAUACAAGUGA